AUCAUCAGCAUCAUCAUGGUCAUCAGCCUCUCCUGCCAAUCCACUUCGGCCACCGUCCUCGGGCUCGGCCAAUCCGGCGCCUCGCAGGCGGUCUCCCACCCCGGCGACUCGGACGCCAAGUGGGCCGCAAUCGCCGGUUCCGCCUCCACCUCCGCCUCCACCACCCUCAAGGCGCCGGUGGAGACGAGGCUGCGCGAAAGUCGCUACGGCGUUCCGUUGACAUGGCGCGCCGGCGAUCUGGGACAUGUCGACUCGUGGAGCUACAUGGACGCCUAUCUCGGCGACCAUCCUCACAUGCAUCCGGUGCCCAUCUUCAUUUCGGUACCACAAGUCGGCUCCGCCAACCAGAACACGCCCACCACCCCCGCCCCCGACGACACCUCCCCACUCACCAUGCCGACUGGCCAAUCGCCCGCCCAACUAACACACUCGGCCUAUUCACCAUUCUUCUCCUACCCCCACCUCCAGUCCUAUCCACACUCCUACCUCCAGACAUACCCCCACCCCCACCCACAGACAUACCCCAAACCCUACUUCUACCCCUGGCCAGUCUACCCCACGCCCAACAAUCCCCUCGGCGCCCGGCUCAUGCAGCCUGUCCUCCCACCGUCUCCGGCCGGUUCGAGCCAAUCGGCUGCCGCCUAUCAACUCGGCGUAUACGGUCUCCAGGGCGACAAUAACAAUCCGAUUCGCUACCAGAACGACCAGGUCGGACAGAACAUGUCCUAG